CUAUGAGGACAGGACAGACUAGGAGCUGGGCUGGAGGCGGGCCAGUUACUCAACUCUGGAGAAACGGGUUUCUCUCCUCCUCGCCUGCCUGCCUGUCCGUCUGCACAGAACAGAGCAGAGGAGCUGUGUCAUGUGUAAUUUAAUACCAGACGCAGGCUGACUGAGCCUCACUGCACACAGAGAGCCCCCUCACAGCCUGAGAGGCAGGCAGGCAGGAGAGGCAGGCAGGCUAAGCAGGCAGACUUCCAGGGUCCGGCUCAGCCCUCCAUGACAGGACAAAGAGCAGGGGAUGAGGGACCGACCAGAGCCCUAGUGGAGGACCGACCAGAGCCCUAGUGGACCCAUCAACCUCUCCCUUCCCCGUGGCCAGCUGUAACCAGCCUUCCCUGGCACCAGCAGAAACCCAAGGCCAUCUCUGAUUGCACAAGGCCAUCCCUCUCCCCCUCCCUCCCUCUUCUUCCAGUCUUGCCGCUCCCCCGUCUCCCAGUGGUAGCGUUGGGUCUCCCAGGAUGCGGCUGCUCAGCGCUCUGCUGCUCCUCCUGCUCCUCAGGUCCGCUGAGCCCAGGAAGGGUGGACGGAACAGAGAGCGGGGCAGGGCCCGGGGUAAAGGCAGGGCCAAUGCUGUCAAACGCCAAACCUCUGAAUGCAAGGAAUACAUGGAGGCCGGAGAGAAAUACCUGGACUGUCAGGACCGCCAGCUGACCGGGGUGCAACAGCACUGGCCUGAAGACAUCCACCACCUCCUGCUGGCCCGCAACAAGAUCCAGGUGCUCAGAGACAACACCUUCUCCCAGUUCAAGAACCUAAAGAGUCUGGAUCUACAACAGAAUGAGCUCUACAUGGUGGAGGAGGAGGCGUUCGCAGGGCUGGGACAGCUCACUACUCUGCUUCUUCAGCACAACCAGAUGAAGACAGCUUCUGAGGAGCACCUGCUGCCCUUGCCAAGCCUCCGUUACCUGCGUCUCUAUGACAACCCCUGGGACUGCCGGUGCUCGCUGGAUAGCCUGGUCAGGACCCUGCAGGUGCCCAGCAACCGUAACCUAGGGAACUACGCCAAGUGUUCGGAGCCGGACGCGCUGAGAGGUCAGAAGCUGAAGAAGAUGAGGCCGGAGCUGCUGUGUCUUGAGGAUGGGGAGGGCCAGCAACCAGGGCAGAAACCUCAGCAGGGGCAGGGUAGUCUGCCCAAACCACCUCCCAUCAAGAAGCACCCUGAUGCCAACUCCUUGUGCCACACCUACAUGUUCCCCAAACCCAUGCUGGACUGCAAGAGCAAAGAACUGAAGAACAUACCCUCAAGUCUCCCGUCAGACAUUGUGAGGAUGGACUUGUCCAGUAACAGCAUCACUCAGCUCCGGCCCAAUGAGUUUGUUGCUGCCAGGGACCUGAAGCUUCUCAACCUCAGCAGUAACAGUCUGGAUCAGAUCGACACAGCUGCGUUUGCGGGCCUCCUGUACCUGCGAGAGCUGGACCUGUCCAACAACAGCCUGCACUACUUCCAGUACGGAGUGUUGGAGGACCUGUACUUCCUCAGGAUGCUGAAUCUAGGGGAUAACCCCUGGGUCUGUGACUACAACAUCCACUACCUGAUCUACUGGCUGAAGCAUCACCCCGGGGUGGCCUACUCUGGCCUCAUCUGCACCGAGCCUCGGGAGUUCAGGGGCUGGCCCGUGGAGAAUUAUGUCAAGACCUACAACGGAGAGUGUCCCAAGGAUAAGGAUCCACAGCCAGGGAAAGGUGAUACAGGACAGGGACAGACGGCUCAGGAGCUAAUGGCCGAGAAAGAGGAGGCGGAGAUGGAGCUGCUGCCGAAGCCUCUGAGAGACCCCAGACCAAAGAAAUAUGAGGUCACCAGGUUGACUUAAUAGGACAGAGUUGGAAAUUAGAAGAGAACUGUUGUUGAUGUUUUAUAUUAUCGCAGAACAUUCCAAUUCAGUCUGUAUCAGAUUUUUUUUUUACUUUCGAAUUCCCACCAGCAUGACCAAUGCAGGACAGUUGGAUUCCCACCAGCAUGACCAAUGCAGGACAGUUGGAUUCCCACUAGCAUAACCAAUGCAGGACAGUUGGAUUCCCACCAGCAUAACCAAUGCAGGACAGUUGGAUUCCCACCAGCAUAACCAAUGCAGGACAGUUGGAUUCCCACCAGCAUAACCAAUGCAGGACAGUUGGAUUCCCACCAGCAUAACCAAUGCAGGACAGUUGGAUUCCCACCAGCAUGACCAAUGCAGGACAGUUGGAUUCCCACCAGCAUGACCAAUGCAGGACAGUUGAAUUCCCACCAGCAUAACCAAUGCAGGACAGUUGGAUUCCCACCAGCAUAACCAAUGCAGGACAGUUGGAUUCCCACCAGCAUGACCAAUGCAGGACAGUUGGAUUCCCACCAGCAUAACCAAUGCAGGACAGUUGGAUUCCCAC